UGGAAAUUAGAUAAAUAAAACUUGUAUGUUUUCUUCAAAUUUUAAUAAUAAUUCUUCUAUCUAGUUCAAGCAAGCCAAGUUUUAGAAAGAAAAAAUUUGACGCAUUUUUCGUAAUUUUAUUUGUCAAGUUCAUCCAAUGGACAGUAGUGAAUAAAAUGUUUCACUGAAUGCUUCAACGAUAAGUAAAAGUGCAAACGCAUCAUAAAAAAUAUCAAAGAAAACUAUGAGCUUAGACUGAGAAUCCUUAUGUCGAAUGAAAACAAAAAUCCAAACCAAAUUGAUAUUAAUGACGACAAAGUUUCUGUGAAUGAAAACGAUCGAAUCAACAUUUCAAUCUCUGGUACGCCCGGAACAAUUCAUACACUCGAUCAAACGAUCGAGGAGAAAAAAGCAUCGGAUUGCAACACAAGCAACAUAAAAAAUGAGGAAAACAAUAGUAGCCCAAAAAAAGUGAGCAUAACGGAUUUCUAUCUACUAAAACGAAAUAGCAUGGCGAUUUAUUAUGGAUGGCAAAUUGUUUGCCUCAUAAUCUUCAUUUUUACUGCAUAUGAAACACUGCAAAAUGUUUUGCCAAAGACUGAAAUUUAUCCGGAGCCGAGACAGUUUUUCUCAAGUGAUUCUUUUGUGUAUGACUAUCCUCACGGCAAUUUAGAUGCAGUACAAAAUAAAGUGACCUUAUCCGAUUUAUCGUUUGUAAUGUUCUAUGCACCAUGGUCUGCUGACAGUCAAUAUGCACGGCCUGUUUUUCAAUCCAUUGCGGAAAUAUUUUAUCGUGAAGCAAAUUUUAUGGCAAUCAACUGUUGGCAUCCAGUCGACAAUGAGUGUCGACAGCAAUACAAAAAAGUGAUGUCGUGGCCAGUUCUUAUGGCUUAUGCAAAGAAUAAUAUAGCCGUGCCAUACACUGGACAAUGGACUGAGACUGCACUAGCAAGAUUUGUAUAUUUAUUGCUGAAGCCCAUUAAUCGAAUCAAUAAGCCCGAAGAGCUACUGACGAUAAUUCAUAAUCAUGAUGCGGUUGUGACACUCUUUGUAAAUAUGGAAACGAGUUAUACGUUCUACAAUAUUUUCUACCAGACUGCAAUAAAAUGGUUGGAAAGAGACCCACAAGGAGACGUGGCAUUUGCGAUUGUCACCGGCGAAUCUAUGCAUAAAUUUGGCAUUGAACGAGAACCAUCACUGCGCUUUUAUCUUUGGAAUCGCACAAUUGAAUAUGAAGAUGAGGUAUGGAAGUCUUCACUUAUUCACAAAUGGAUCAUUCAAAAUAAACAACAAGUAACAACAUGGCUAACGCCGCCUGGAGCAAGAUCCAAGGAAUUUGAUAUUUUCAUUCAAAAGGGACCCGUUUUAAUUCUAUUUACGCCACGUAGUCUCUAUGAUUUUCCAAGUGAUGCUUAUGCAAUGAUCCGUCAAAUCAGUUACGAAUACAAUAAUUGCGACAAAGAUGAAUGGUUGAAAGAGAUGGGACGUAGAUAUAUAUACAAUCAACGAAAAAUUAAUAAUCAUAAUUAUUAUUUGAAAACAAAAGAGUGUGAGAAGUUUUUCAAGUGGAAAAACUCUGUUUCAAAUAAAUGUUCUCCAUACGAACAAAGUAGUUUCUUCGUUGGUCAUAGUAAUUCAUCAAAAUUUCAGUUCACUACACUUAAGAAUAAACAGAAACAAAACGAUUAUUAUUGCGAAAAUAUACCUGAAUCGUGUAACCACUUUUAUCAAUAUGAUUUGGAUGGCCUUCCCACCUCCAUUGUAGACACUAAAAAUGACUUGCGUUCCUCCGAAAACGUUUUCACCGAAUGGAAAAAUAUUGAGUGCAAAAUGAUUAAUUUAUCCAAAAAACUUCGAUCACAAGUCUUUCAAGAUAGAAUUUUGGAAAAGGUGGACAAUUCGAGCCAAUUUGACUUUGACAAAUUAACCGGGAUCGGGUGUAAAACUAAUAAAAGUCUAUCGUUUUUGGCGAUGGACAGUCUAGUAUAUCCAUUAGUAGCUGAAAAAUUGGGCAUUUCACUGAAAAGUGCCUUACAAAAUACAGUGGCUGUUAUAGUGGACGGAAAGGAUGAAUCGUCUUAUGUGCUUAAAGACAACUUGUCCACAAUGAAUUUGAUUGAUUUUGUUUAUAACUACACAAUGAAUAAAUUGUCACGUCACCUGCGACACGAUGGAUAUACAAAGAAACAUUCGUACUUUUAUAACUCGGUCAAUAAUCAAAGUGAUCAAAGUAAUCCAAAUGUGGAUAGAAAAUAUACCGAUAGAAAUUUUAAAACAAUUACUGUUUCGACAAUUUCUUCUGAGAAUUUUACAAAUUUUAUUUCGGAACCACAGCGGACUGUGGCUAUACUAUUCACAUCAUCACAGUGUGCGUUUUGUACCAUAUUUUCGAAUAUUCUAUUAACAAUAUCCAGAAUCUUGAAUGAUGCACCGUACGUAAAAUUUGCACGAAUCGAUAGUGAUAAAAAUGAUUUACCAUGGGAAUAUACGAUGGAGACUGUACCUGCAUUUUUAGUUUUUAAUAAUAAACUGGAGAGUCGAAAAUACCCAUCAACAAUGCAAGUCACUCUACAAAAUGUACUGGGUUUUAUUCUUUCUAAUCUUAAACGAUCAAAUCGCUUAAAAGCAAUUGCUUCCAUAGUAAAAUACAGGAAUAAUCAAAAGCAAUCGAUUGAAAAUACGAUAAUUGUACUGCGACGUGAGACGGAAGAAAAUAUCAUUGAUAGCUUACGUGCGUGGCGUCUGAAUCCGCGCAAGAGAAAUUUCAUCCUAAGGCGAAUUCAAGCUUUGCGCCGCUUGUAUUUCACUUUACACAACCAACCGUACAAUCGUGAUCUAAUCAAAUUGGACGAUCUGGUUGAACAAAUUUCAAGUUUUGAAAUUUAAAUGCACAGGCAUUACAUUUCGUGCAAUUAAUUUUGAAAAUGGAUAUCGACACAUAUAUCAAAAUUCAAAAUAGUGUGCGUUACUGAAUGCUGGAACAUUCCCGAAAAUACUUUUUCUCGAACGAACGUUCUCCAGAGAAUUCGGCAAAUUUUCUUGAAAAGAUUUCCAAUUCUUAAGGAAACCGUUCGUUCAGGAAAAAGUAUUAUUGGGGAAUGUUCCGGUAUUCGCGUUACUACUGUAAAUAAAAUUAUCAAUAUUUAUCUGUGAAUUAAUGUAGAAAAUCUGCUACAUUUGAAUUGAAGUGGAUUACGAAUUAAUGUAUAUUUGAUAAAUUUCGUCGACUCCAAUUCAUUCCUUAUUUGUGAACCGGAUAAAAUUUAUUAACGGGAAUAAAGAAAUUCAAAAUCUGUUGAAUAAUACUUAGAUUUUCAAA